GUAUUGUUUGUUGUAAUGAUGUAAUGAUGUUGUCAUAACAGCUUCCAUUUCCUGAGAACCCACAGAGCAAGUGUGGUGCUGAAUGCUUGACAUGCAAUAUCCCACUAAUGCAACCUUCAGAGCAUCGGAAGGUGAGCAAUCACCUCUGUCUGGCAGUAGAAGUGACUAAAGCUUGGAGAGGUUAACAGAGCCUACCUACCUGCAAGCUCACAUUCCCAUCACGGCUGCUUCAGGGGUCCACUCCAGAAUUUCUAUGCUGUAUAGAAACAGCCUAGGGUAGGGCAACCUGUUUGGACUGCAAACUUCAUAGACUUGUUCUGCUUACUUGGAGUGGUAAUCCCUUAGCCUUGCCAAGGUUAUUUCUUUUUCUUUUCUUUAUUUUUUAGGCAGUAUAUUAAUCUAAGAUGCUUAUGGGAAAGGGUGUGAUUUGAGGAGUAAACGCUUUUUUACCCAGUGGAAAACCCACAGAACACUAGUUUUUAAAAGCCCAGCCUCGCAGCCUCCAAAUGAACUCGUGCACGUGCUAGAGACCGGGUGAUGGUCUGGCGCUGCGGGUCUUGUAAGUUGGGGAGGUCCUUCUGGACACGGAAAACUCAAGCCAAGGUCGGGAACCCGCGGGACUAGGAGAGUCGAUCCCAGGGCGGAGCCAGUCGUGGCCCCGCCCUCCGGGCGCCCGGAAGUGACGUGAUGUGAGCGGACAAAGGUAUCGCUUGCUGGCUGGGUGCUGCUGUCGCGUUUGGUCGUGGUUUUGUGGAGCAGGCUGUAGACCUGUGGGGUCUCUGCUACCCUCCUUUCCUCUCCGUCCUCUUCUCCCGGGUUCCGGGAGUCCUUGCCCGGGGAGAGGCACUGUUGCUGAGCACUUGAGCAGAGACGUGGUUGGUAACACUAUGACAAGCGAGGUGAUAGAAGACGAGAAGCAAUUCUACUCAAAGGCCAAGACGUACUGGAAAGAAGUCCCACCCACAGUGGACGGCAUGCUCGGGGGGUAUGGCCACAUCUCCAGCAUCGACAUCAACAGCUCCCGGAAGUUCCUGCAGAGGUUCUUGAGGGAAGGCCCAAACAAGACAGGAACUUCCUAUGCCCUGGACUGUGGAGCUGGCAUUGGAAGGAUCACCAAGCGGCUGCUCUUGCCAUUGUUCAAAGUGGUGGAUAUGGUUGAUCUGACCGAGGACUUUCUGGUUAAAGCUAAGACCUACCUGGGUGAGGAGGGCAAGAGAGUGAGGAACUACUUCUGUUGUGGUCUCCAGGACUUCAGCCCAGAGCCUAGCUCUUACGACGUUAUCUGGAUCCAGUGGGUGAUAGGUGAGGAUUCUGCUUCCCUUCUACACCUUCCUGAACAUGUCCUGCCACUGAGGUUCCCCACAAGGCCCUGGGAGCUCUGCCCCCGUGCUCCCGCAGCAAGCAGGCCGGCAAGGAGUCCUCGUGUCCUCCUCUAUGUGUCUCAGGAUCUCCCUUCAGUGUUUCAUUGGAACUUAGUACCUGCUGCAGUCCAUUUGGGGGCAGUUUUUGUCGAAAAGUUAAAUGGCCAAUUACUGCAUUCAAAGAAAGUGAAAAUGAGUUUUUAAUAACAACAUGAAAAGCUUAAGCGUUGGCUGUUCCUUCUGUUCCCAGUGAACCGGCUCUGCUACGGUAACUGUCUUGCACCUGCUUAUCUUAGCAGCACACUCAGGGCUGACCCAGGGUGCUCCUUCUGCCACUGCUGAUUUGGCAGCAGGCCAGCGUGCUGGCAGCCAGCCACCACCUCCAGGGCUGGCAACAUGGCCCUGGUUUGAAUGCUUUGGGCCUGUAUCUUGUAGUCCCAAGAAGCCUUUGGCUGGAACUUGAAUGUAGGGAAGGGAAUCUGUUUGGGAACCCCUGCAACACUGAAACCUGAGAACCGGGUACACUCAGGUGGGUGACAUGGUAUGUGGAUU